UAACCGCUAACAGCUAAAUGGGCGUGGCUUUAUCAGACAGCCGCUGAAGGGAUUGAGCUGACCGGUUCAUAGGUGAAACAACAACAAGCUCGGCGAUAUGAGGGUUCCUGAAGCACUGAUUUGGGUCGCUAUCCUCAUCCAGAAGGUGGUGGGGGAGUAUGGCAUGGCCCAUUUCAGUGAUAAGGGCAAAAGCAAUGGGAAGGACUACUGCAUAUUCUUCAACUCACAGUGGGCACGUCUACCUCAGGACCUCAAUAAAGCAUCUCGCCUCCAGAUCCAUGACUUGACAUCUUCGGUCCUGUGCUCGCCCUCCGAGGUCCCAGAGGGAGGCUUCCCAAACCGCAUCCCCAUGGUGCUGAGGGGCAACUGCACCUUCUACGAAAAGGUUCGCCUGUCCCAGAUUAAUGGUGCCAAGGGUCUCCUCAUUGUCAGCAAAGACAGGCUGACGCCACCCGCAGGAAACAAGACCCAGUAUGAAGAGAUAGAUAUUCCCGUAGCUCUGCUGAGCUACUCUGAUAUGUUGGACAUAAGCAAGACCUUUGGUAAAGGGAGGUUUGUUGCCAUGUACGCACCCAAUGAGCCGGUGUUGGACUACAACAUGGUCAUAAUCUUCUUGAUGGCUGUAGGAACAGUGGCCACUGGAGGUUACUGGGCCGGCAGCAGAGAUCGAAAGAAGCGUUACAUGAAGCAUAAACGAGACGACGGAGCGGAGAAGCAGGACGAGGAGACGGUGGACGUCACUCCCAUCAUGAUCUGUGUGUUCGUGGUCAUGUGCUGCAACAUGCUGGUGCUCCUCUACUUUUUCUACGACCACCUGGCCAUUUGGGUUAUCGGCAUCUUCUGCAUGGCCUCUUCCGUCGGCCUCUACAGCUGUCUGUGGCCUUUUGUCAGGAGGCUUCCUUUCUGCAAGUGCAGGAUCCCAGAGAACAACCUCCCGUACCUGCACAAGCGUCCGCAGAUCCGCACGCUGCUGCUGUCGGCCCUCUGCAUCAGCAUCAGCAUCGUCUGGAUGGUGUUUCGCAACGAAGACCAGUGGGCGUGGGUGUUGCAGGACGCCCUGGGGAUCGCCUUCUGUCUCUACAUGCUCAAAACAGUCAGGCUGCCCACAUUCAAGGCUUGCACUUUACUACUGUCGGUCCUGUUUGUUUACGAUGUUUUCUUUGUAUUUAUUACACCCUUCUUCACAAAGAGUGGGGAGAGUAUAAUGGUUGAGGUCGCUGCCGGCCCCUCGGACUCCGCCACUCAUGAAAAGUUGCCCAUGGUGCUCAAAGUGCCGAGGUUAAACUCCUCUCCUCUGGCUCUUUGUGACCGGCCCUUCUCCCUCCUGGGCUUUGGAGAUAUCUUAGUACCAGGUCUGCUGGUGGCAUACUGUCACAGAUUUGACAUUUUAACCCAGUCCUCCAGGAUCUACUUUGUGACCUGUACAAUCGCGUACGGCAUCGGCCUGCUGAUCACCUUCGUGGCCCUGGCCGUGAUGCAGAUGGGCCAGCCGGCGCUGCUCUACCUGGUGCCUUGCACUCUGCUCACCAGCCUCGUUGUGGCGCUCUGGCGCAGAGAGCUGCGCCAGUUCUGGACUGGAAGUGGAUUUGUGCCUCCCAUAGUCCUCGCACCAAUCAACCCCACACAGACCGCGGAGCCACAGGCAGAAGGGCCCCCGCCCGAACCCAAGCCGCAGACCCCCGAAGCCACCGCUCAGAGCGAAGACACGCCCGACGCACAGCCGCCUCAGGAAGCGCCCAAGUCGCCGGAGGAGAGCGAAGAGAAAACCAACAACUAGUACUUUUCUAGUUUCACUACAUAAUUAGCUUUUUUCUGAGGUGUGUCUCGGUCAUUGGACAUUUAAGGUCAUUUAUUGUUUACUGUUGAUACAAAAGGGAAGAACUGCUCAGACGAUUUUAUUUAAAUUUGUUUCGCCAAUAGAAAGUGUAUUGAGGCCGUGAAAAAUAUAGAUGCGUUUAAACAGCUGGAAAAGAUGUGUGAAAAACAACUUCAAAUAAAUUCUACUUUUAUUGCAGUAGCAUUUGGGGGGAAAAAUGUUUAGAAGUAAUUAUUACCAAAUUCACUGAUGAGAGUUACUGCCACCCUUGUAGUUGCCUGGCCCCCAAUAUUACCCUCCUGGUAAUCCUGGGGGCUGAUGGGAGACGGUGGAUUUUCAGUUUUCUAACAUAUUUUUACUGAAAAUACUUUAACAAGGUUCCCAUGACCUCUGGAGGAGAUGCAAGCCGAGAGCAUCACAGAUUUUCCACUGUGCUGUAGGCGCUUUUCCAAAUAUUCAUUCUUUGUUUCAUACCUGGAGUGUUUUGUUGUCAAAAAGAUCAGUUUGAGGCCCAAUUUAGCCCACUUUGGAUACUUUUGCCUAAAUGUGAAUCAAUACUUUCUGUUGGAUUCCAAUAAAAACGUAAAACACCAAAGCUGUGCCAGCAGGUGGCGAUGACAUCAACAAACCUACAUUGAAAUUGAAAAGAAGAUUCCUGAACAUGGCUAAGCAAGUCACGGGUUGAAAAAAAUCUCCCUCAACAGUUUUACUUCAUGUUAUGAACUUCCAUAUUGUAGAUUUGAAGUUUACUGGGGACACAGUGGGGACAACGUGAGAGGGACUUGAAAUAACCCAUGAAGCUUUUCCCACUGUUGCAGUUUUUGGCACAGAAAGCCAGAGGGGGCAUGUGCAAGGUGAACCUUUAGGUCAUCAUUUUUAAAACCUUCAGGAUAUCCAGACAUAAAAUCUGUUUUUUUUUUUCUCGUAAAACUAUUGAUUGCAUGUAAACAAGAGGUGCAAGGGCACACAUGUUUACUUUUGUAAAGGUAGGACAGAAAAGGCAUCUCUGCCAAACAACCAACUGGCAUGUAAAUGGUUGUCAUGGAGACCCUAAUAUGCUACUCUUUGCUGCAGGUCCCUAGCUGUGUGUGAUAAGAUAAAUAUGGGUCUUCAUCCAGUCUGGUGGUGUAAAAAAUGGCCUCUUUACUAAUAAAAAAUUCCUGGAUUAAAAAAAAUUAUUAAACAAAACAAAACAGUUCUAUUUAUUUUUAAUGCUAGAGGUACCGCAAAUUGUGCCAUUCCUGAUUUUGUUAAAAUCAAUUAUUAACACAAGAUUUUCUCUUCUUCACUGAAUAAAUGCCCUCUGAAUUUUCUGUGUUAGAAUAUGCUACUGCAAUACAAGAUGAAUUUAUCUUAAGGCUUUAGAUAUUUGACAAGACUUCAUCUUCUGGUUACCAUAUUUGUCCACAUCUGUAAGUCCUGUCCGGCAGUCUGUGGCACCUGUAAAGUAUUUAAACACUGCUGACUUUUCACACCCAGAUAUUAUUACUAAAAGCCCAGUGACACAAGCAACGGCAGCUGAGUUGAAAUUAUAUCAAAAAUCUUUUACACAUCUACUUAGAUAACAAAAAAAUCUCAGUUAUUAGUAGUUAUGAACAUUUAAAGCUGUAAAUGGAGCAUUUUUUGAGAAAAAAUGAUCUUGUAAAUGAGAGCUUAUAGCAGAGUCACGUGAUGUUUCUAAUUCUUGUGAAAUGACCAAAGCAGAGCUAACAGAUGAGGUGGGAGCUGCAAAGAUCAACUCUGAAUGUCUUUGGCUCUUUAAAUCGACACCAUCACCAAACUCAAGAACCCAAAUGCCUUUUCUGUACUAAAAACUGGUAUAACUGGGCUUUACUGGUCUAAUAAUCCUGUGGUCAGAGAAGGAUGUUGUAACAUAUAAAGACAAGCCUAAAAGGUUUUAUGUCUCAGAUUUUGCAGGACUGAAAGUUCUGUGACACAAGUGAAACCGACCAGUCGCUGUUUGGGGGAAGUUGGCAGACUGCCUGUGAAUGUUGUGGGUUCCGAAACUUAAUUGAAAGCAUACCGAGACUUGAUUGUCUGUAUUUCUUCUAUUACAUCAUAAACGGCAGUGCUGACACACCCUUUCAAACCAACUGAGCCCAAAGCUACCAGUCUUCAGCUUGGGGUUUAUAUUUCUCCACAGGGACAUUUUUUUUUUUAAAUUCAUCAUAUUUUGUUACAUGUUAUUUUGCAUGGUAUGGUUUUCAUUGUAUGUUUUCUACAAAACUAGGAAAGGACGGUACAAAAUGUCACUCACCGCUGCGGUUUUUGUUUUCCCGGUCACUCGUGUCAUCCUAAGAUUGGGCUCUGGCCAUGCUGGUGCGGUAGAAUGUGUCUCAUGUAAAAAUUGCUUUAUGAAAACAACGGAGUACUGUACUCCAAAUGUGCUGCAGUUUAUCGGAUAGGACCAGUCGUGUUAGUUGCACUUUUAUUUAAAACCAAUAAGUUUUUUGCUAAUGUAUGUUUUAUCAAUUAUUGUAAAAUGUGUUACAACGUGGAAACUAAGGUAAUAAUGAAAUGUGUACAGUAUUCCCCACUCCUGACCUGAGGUUAGAAUAAACAUCAAAUCCCAGCAGUCAGUGAGGAUAAACUUAAUUCUGGUUAAUUGCUGAAUAACCACCAUGUGUGUGUGUGUGUGGUUGGAUGUGUGAGAGACUGAGUUGUGGUAAAAAUAUAUUUCAUGUGGGCAGCUGAGAUGUCACUUUUACAAGACAUGAUUCACCAGUAUACUUUGUCACCAAGUGGUUUUUAAUGCUUCUGAUGGUUAAAUAUAAUAAAGAAAAAAUGUAUUUAA